AUGUGCGACGACGAGGAAACUACCGCUUUGGUGUGCGACAACGGCUCAGGACUGGUGAAGGCUGGCUUCGCUGGAGAUGAUGCACCGCGCGCUGUCUUCCCCUCCAUCGUGGGUCGCCCACGUCACCAGGUAGAGUAUUGCACCUGAAGCUGCUGUGUGAAACAAAAGAAACAGAAUGAAUACAAAGUGGUUGUGUUAUUAUUGUCUGUAACACAACAGGCAAUAACAAACAACUUUGGAACCUUUUCUCGGCAAGUUUAAAGGCCCUUCAGAAGCCCUAACAUAUAAUAUGCCAUGUUGAUUAAUAGCCAUCCUUGCGUUUUCUCAGGGCGUCAUGGUCGGUAUGGGUCAAAAAGAUUCCUACGUCGGUGACGAGGCCCAGAGCAAGAGGGGUAUCCUGACCCUGAAGUACCCCAUCGAGCACGGCAUCAUCACUAACUGGGAUGACAUGGAGAAAAUCUGGCAUCACACCUUCUAUAACGAGUUGCGUGUGGCCCCUGAGGAGCACCCGACCCUGCUCACAGAGGCUCCCCUCAACCCCAAGGCCAACAGGGAGAAGAUGACCCAAAUCAUGUUUGAGACCUUCAACGUCCCUGCCAUGUACGUGGCCAUCCAGGCCGUGCUGUCCCUUUAUGCAUCUGGACGUACCACAGGUAUGAUGGAUAGAUAAGUAGUCUUCAGCCAUGACCACCUGAGAGGUCGUGUUCAAUGCUAACAUAUAUCACCACAAUCUUUUAGGUAUUGUGCUGGACUCUGGUGAUGGUGUGACCCACAACGUGCCCAUCUAUGAGGGCUAUGCUCUGCCCCAUGCCAUCAUGCGUCUAGAUCUGGCUGGUCGCGACCUCACAGACUACCUCAUGAAGAUCCUGACCGAACGUGGCUACUCUUUCGUUACUACUGGUACGCACGGGACAUGGGCAAUAUUAGCCAGAUGAGGAAUGAGGAAAAGCAUGAUAUUCCGCAAAAAUGUUAGCACAAAUAUAUGGCACAUAUGUUAGACUAUAUUUUUCAAUAACAAUCAAAUGCCACACUUGAAACCCAACAGCUGAGCGUGAGAUCGUGCGUGACAUCAAGGAGAAGUUGUGUUACGUGGCUCUGGACUUCGAAAAUGAGAUGGCCACCGCUGCCUCCUCCUCCUCCCUGGAGAAGAGCUACGAGUUGCCCGACGGACAGGUCAUCACCAUCGGUAACGAGAGGUUCCGUUGCCCUGAGACUCUCUUCCAGCCCUCCUUCAUUGGUGGGUAUUACUGAUCUCCCCAGCCGUUGGUGUAUUACGCACGGUUAUCUUAAGUCGAGCUAAUCAUGGUGAAACGUAAGACUGUUGUGGAUUAGUUAGACUUCGUUAAUGUAAUCUAUGUGACGUAGGGUAACUCUGUUACUAACAUAGCAUAUAGGCCUGCCGGUACUUUCACAAAGCAGAAUCAAUUAAUUAUCCUGAUAUCCGGAUAGGCGUAACUAAAUCAAUAUUCAGCUCUAGCUUUCAUUAUGAAUCAGAACAUUUAAAUCAUAGUCCUCUCUGUGUGUUUAUCAAAGUUUGCUGGCUCAGCUGACUAACUUAUUGAUGCUGCUUUUGAAAUACAACACUGGCAUGUUAAGCACGAGCUGCAGAUGCUUGUUGACAUACCUACCAUAACAACAGCAUUCAGCUGCUGCAGAGGAGCUGUCCAUUUCAGCACCUAUUUGCAGCCAACGUUCUAGCGGCCAUCUGCCCAACUAUUUUCACAGUUGACAGUGAUAACAAGUGUAUUUUGCCUAAGGGGCUGGCUCAGAUUGAAUGAUAACAUCAUUGUCUUUUGGUAAACAGGGAUGGAAUCUGCCGGUAUUCACGAAACUACCUACAACAGCAUCAUGAAGUGUGACAUUGACAUCCGUAAGGACCUGUAUGCCAACAACGUUCUGUCGGGUGGUACCACCAUGUACCCUGGUAUUGCUGACCGUAUGCAGAAGGAGAUAACCGCUUUGGCCCCUAGCACCAUGAAGAUCAAGGUAACUCUUUAUUUUCAAUGUUCUAUUACAAUGUAUUUCUCAAACGUUUUAAUGGUAUAUGGGGCACAAAACUUUGGGACCAACAAAUGUCACAAAGUGAGGUAUUUUUGAGAGACUUGUCUAUUAUGUAGAUUUUAUGCACAUAAGAACAUAAAUUGGUUUUCACUUUAUAAAGCACCCUGCUAUUAGGCCACUAACCAAUGGCAUUAUCACUUGUUUGUAGAUUAUCGCUCCCCCUGAGAGGAAGUACUCUGUGUGGAUUGGCGGCUCCAUCUUGGCCUCCCUCUCCACCUUCCAGCAGAUGUGGAUCAGCAAGCAGGAGUAUGACGAGGCCGGCCCCUCCAUCGUCCACCGGAAGUGCUUCUAA